ACUUGUAAAUUUAUUCAUAUUCGAUCUUUAACUUAGAAAAAUUUCACUUUUCGGAUAAAUCUUCAACUUGUAUUUAUUCUUUACUUAAUUUAAACAUCAUGGAUUCUUUGAUUAAGGUCCAAAUAAAUACUAAUAAAAUUAUUAAUAAAGCUUACACUAACUUCAAAAAGUCUCCUAAAGAGCGUUUAACCGCUGGUUAUUUAGAAACGAGACUUGCAGCUUUGGAGACACAAUGGUGUAUGUUUUCCGAAAAUCAUAAUAAUCUUAUUAGUAAGUUUAAUAUUGAAGAUUUAGGUAAAUAUAUCGAAUGUGAUAUUUAUGAAGUUACUGAAGAAUUGUAUUUUGAAUACAAAGCCGAACUUAAAGAUAAAUUAAGUCAAAUUCAACCUGUCGUGCCUACUUUUUCUGAGUCUCACUAUAGUAAUUGUAAAUCUAAAGAUCAAUUUCAAAGUAGUGUCAAGUUACCUAGGAUAACUAUACCCACAUUUUCCGGUAGCUAUACCGAAUGGACAAGUUUUAGGGAUUUAUUCAUGUCUCUUGUGCACACCAACCAGACACUAGAUAAUGUCCAAAAAUUAUACUAUCUAAAAUGUCAUUUGUCCGGCGAAGCUGAACAACUCCUACGACAUUUUCCUAUCACGAGCGGUAAUUAUGACGUUUGCUGGAAUCUUUUAGAUGAUAGAUACAACAAUAAACGAUUCAUUGCAAACUCAGUUUUAAAUAGAUUUAUUAAUCAAGGAAAUGUAUCCACUGAGUCUGCAAGUGAUUUAAAGAAGUUGUUAGAUACCAGCAACGAAUGUAUCAACGCUCUGAUAAAUUUAGGUUUUCAGACGGACACAUGGGACAUGAUCGUUAUUUAUAUUUUGUGCACAAAGCUUGAUAUUGAGACUCGUAAGAUGUGGGAAACGAAAUUAAGUGAAACACAGGAUAGUUUGCCUACUUAUAAGCAGUUUGCAGUAUUUCUGCAACAACGUUUCAGGUCUUUAGAGUUUUUAGAUGACAAAGUUCCAAAAAAUAUUGCUUCCUCAAAGGUUCUUCAUGCUACUGAAUCGAUUUUAUGUCCGUUUUGUUCAAGUAAUCACAAAUUGUUUCACUGUAAACAAUUUGCUAAACAGGAACCACACUCACGUCGAAAUUUUGUAAAAUUAAAAAAAAUAUGUUUCAAUUGUUUUGGAUCGAAUCAUUCGGUGUAUUCAUGUCGCGCACCAUCAAGGUGCAGAAUCUGCCAUCGGAAGCAUCACUCGCUUCUUCAUGUUCAUGCUAUUAAUACACAAGCGAGUAAUGUUCCUAAAGUCCACACUGAAAAUUCUUUAAACAUAGAUAUUGUCAAACAAAACAAACCGUGUAAAAAUGUUACACAACAUGUUAGCUCUCAAAGCCAUGUUUUGCUUGCAACGGCUUUGGUGAACGCUAAGUCAAAAGCAGGUACAUGUAAAACUCUUCGGUCUAUAGUAGACCCGGGAUCGCAAACUUCGUUUAUUACGGAGUCAGCAGCUCAGCUUCUUGGGCUGCCGAAGGAGCAAAGCAAGAGUCGUGUGUCCGGUUUAGGAGGAGAUCGGGAUUCCGAAGUGACGUCAGGUUAUGUCGUCAAUUUACAAAUACAAUCUCUCGUAGACCCUAGAUUCAACAUGCAAGUUAAGGCUCAUAUCAUAAAAACUAUUACCACAUUGCUGCCUGAAAACAAAAUAGCAGUGCAGAAGUGGUCAAAUUUAUCGGGUAUUAGGUUAGCGGAUCCAAAAUUCAACACUCCUAAUAAGAUUGACUUGCUUCUAGGAGCAGAAGUCUAUGGUCAAAUUAUUGAUGACGGUCUUAUUAGAAGUGGUCCAGAUAUGCCUGUGGCUCAAAAUUCAAAAUUGGGGUGGAUUUUAUCUGGGACGUUAUUGUCAACCGAUGAAAAUCAGAGAGAUGAAAUAAUUCAUACAAGAAAAAGUAAGAAAAAAAAGAAAACAAGGAUUAUAAUGUCAUAG